GCGAGCUGGGGGACGCGCAGAACUGCCUGACCACACAGCACUCCACCAGCCCGGCCGAGGUGACAAGAGACAGGAAGAUGGAUCCCAGAUGUAAAACCGUGGACGUGGAUAAGGACCUCGUGGACUGGCGUAAGCCCCUGCUGUGGCAAGUGGGCCACCUGGGAGAAAAGUACGACGAGUGGGUGCAUCAGCCCGUCGACCGGCCCAUCCGCCUGUUCCACUCCAGCAUCUUCGAGUCCCUCUCCAAGACGGCAUGGUACAUGGUGUGCGUGGUCUGGAUACCGGUGGUGCUCUACCUGAGCUGGAAUUGCUACACCGCCCUCGGCCGGGGAAACACCAGGCUGUUUUCGACCUUCAGCGCAGCUUAUUCCAUACGUAUUCGCGAGUACUGGUUCCCCUUGCUCUUCCUCGUGGGCAUGUUUGUGUGGUCCUUCCUGGAGUACCUCAUCCAUCGCUUUUUGUUCCACAUGAGGCCGCCUGCCAGCAACUAUUAUCUCAUCACCUUGCACUUCUUGUUACAUGGCCAGCACCACAAGUCUCCGUUUGAUGAUUCCCGGUUGGUCUUUCCGCCCGUCCCAGCGUCCCUGGUCAUCGGCUUUUUCUACGUUCUGGUCCAAGCUUUGUUUCCCGAAGCAUUUGGUCUCUCCAUCUUCACGGGGGGUCUCUUUGGCUACAUUGUCUAUGACAUGAUGCACUAUUACCUGCACUAUGGGUCACCAAAGAAAGGGACGUACCUGUGCAGACUUAAGGCCUACCACGUAAAGCACCAUUUUGAACACCAGAGAGCAGGCUUCGGUAUCACCAGCACAUUCUGGGACCAUCCGUUUCAGACGCUCAUUCCAGAGGAGACCUUUGAGAAAGACGGCUAGCUGCAGCACC